GAGCAUGAAAGUUCUCCUGGAUGAUUCCCCCGAGGAGGAAGAGACCCGGCUCCGCGACCCGCCGCCCCCGCCAGCAGGCAGCUCCGCCGCCGCCGCGCAGAAUAAGGACCAGUUUCUUCAUGAUGAAGUUACAUCUUCUGUGUCACAACUUGCAACAAAGGUUCAGAGUGCAGGUUUUCGUGGAUGGAAAGAAGUGACCUCUAUGUUCAAUAAAGAUGAUGAACAACAAUUGCUAGCAGGGUGCAAGCCUCCAAAAUCAAAAGGAACUAACCUAAAAUCAAAAGAAGAUGUGAAGUCAGAGAAGAAAUCUGGAUUUUGGGACAGUUUGGCAAUAAAGCAGAACAUCCAAAGCAGGAAACCAGAUCAGAUUGAAGGGUGGGAACCACCACAGAUUACUGCUGGGGACCCCAUCAGUGAUGCAGGAAAUACGUUAAGUGACUAUUCAUCCUGGUCAGGCUGGGAAGAUGAGACCAAAGGCUCCACAAAAUACACAAACCUGGCUAGCUCAGGAAAUAGUUCCAGGUGGAGUAUCAAAUCAGCGGGAAAGCUGGUUAGUAUUAGAAGACAGAGCAAAGGUAACCUUACUGAUAACUGGGAAGAACUAGAAUGAUAUUGAUAAUGUGAAAUACUUUACAAAUAAGAAUAGAAAAGGUUCAUGAUUUACAUGUGUAUUUAAACCAAAAUUAAAUCUGCUCAGUAUUGCACCUUUAUACAGUACUUUGUUUUAUUCAGCUUGUUAGAGAUUUUUGCUCACAAUACAGUAAACUUUCUUACUACAUUGUUAGAUAGUUAGGUUUUCCAGACUGAAAAGUUGGAGAACCUAUUUUGUGCCUAUAUUUCAUAUUCAGAUUCUGCAGUAUGGGUUGGGUGGGUUGUUGGUUUUACCAAAAAGAAAAAAAGUAAUUCUUUAGUAAAUGUAACAUACAGGUUAUAAAUUUUGACUGCCUUAUGUAGUAACUUCCACAAGCCUGGGUCCUGGGUUUUCUGAUUUUUGAGGAUCACUCAAGGUUUUAUUUUGUUGCUAUCUCCUUAAGUAACGGUAUCGAUUUGUAGCUUGCCUCAAAAAUGCUUCCAUUUGAUACACUAUUUCUAGAUCUUCAGUGUGAUGAGCACAUGCUUCUCUGGUUUGUCCAUACAAGAUGCUAAAUGUUCACAGUGUGCUGUAUAUAUAGUACAUGAUAUGUGAAAACACAAAAUGAGUCUUCCAAAGUUUAUACUGAAUGGUCUUUGUCAUUAUGAAAAGUUGGCAAUUUUUUAAAACAACAAAUUUGUCAAGCUAAAAAUAAAAUGUAAAUAAUUAUUAAACACCAGAAAAGUGGACAUUACAGUUGGAUGUAAGGAGAGUUCAAUAUUUUAAACACUUACCAUUCAAUCUAGGGAUAUAUUGUUUUUCAUAGAAGUGGUGAAUGGUUUUGUUUUACAAAAGCUGGUUCUUGUUCUCCUUCAAAUUGUUUAAGGAGAACAGUGCCCUUUGGCAUUUUCAGUGUAGCUGAGCAAUUGCAAGUACACGCACACACACUCAAGCUUUUUUAUUUUUAUUUUUGUUUAAUUAUUUUUUUGUUAUAAGGCUCCAGUUUACUAGCUUACUGGUUCUUUUAUUUUUAGUGAAAAGGGGCAUAGCCUGAAACUUUACACUAGAGUUAUGAGAUGUAAAUAAAACACUAAAAGUGCCUCUUUAUAACAUGCCUUUAUUUUUAACGAUGUAAUUAGCAGUAUGUCCAACAUCAGAUCUAAGACCAGUUUCCAUUUUGUUAUAUGUAUAUAUUGUAUAAAUACUACUAUAACUCUAAAAAAAACCAAAACUGUUUCAUCAAAAUACAGAUGUUAAGAUUUUUCUCUCCUGAAUGUUAAACUGUUUCAAAGUUACAAAUUAGAUACAAAUGACAUAGGUAGUAUGCUAACUUUUUCUAUAUUAUAUAUUCUACAGCAAUAUGACCACCAUGAGUAGGAAGCUCAAAUGUCCUUUUCAGACAUAAUCAAAACCCCUUAAACAGUAUGUUUUAAUUUAUUAUAUAUGCAAAGCAUGUCUUGUUGUAUAAACAUUUUUCAAAAGAAGCCUCCUUUCAAAAAAAAAACUUCUGAUGUUUCCCCUCUUUCCACUGCAACAUUCCCCUUCCCAAUACACAUAACUAUGUUAUGUCCUUCUGGUUUGCAGUAUCCAAAUAGAUAUUCAUCUGAUGUCAGUGAAAUCUCUGCUAUAUAGAUCUGCCGUUUGAGGAAAAACAGUACGUCAAAGCAUUUCUUUUCAAAAGUAGAAUUGGUUUAAAAUUCUAUAAACGAAUAUCAGUGUUUGGCUGCUGCAAAACUGAGACCCUUGAUUUGUAAAUGUAUAAAUACAAAAAUUAUUAAUAUGGGAGAAAGGGCUGGAGUUAUGUUAUGCUGUAUAUAAGUUAUAUAUUAUUAUUAUUUGGCCCGAUUAGCAAAAAUAAAAAUUCACCUUAGGCAAGAAACAGGUUUAUACAAACUUCAGUCCAGGGCAUGAGAAUAGAAGAUCCUUGCUAUUUUUUUUGAAGUGUGCGCUCUGAUCCACGAUUAAUGGAAAGCACGUAUAGAGUAGGAACAAAAAGUGUGGCAUGUUGAUAGCGCUAACAUAAAGGGAUUGAAGCAAAUCUGUUAGUAAGCCUCAAUAUUUUACUGGGGAAGAAGGGUCAAGGAUGCCAUUUCUUCCUCCUGUGGAAGCUCCAUUUAUACUGUUAACCAGUAAAAGUUAUGCCUUGCACAUUAUACUGUUAAGUGCCUGUAUUUCACCUUGAUGAUGUAUUUGUGAUGCACAGCUUAACUGAGAAGUAAUUUUCAUUUUUUGUUCUUAAAUUUCCAGUAAAGGAUAGUGUCACAAAGCUGAAACUUAUUAUAAAAGGAAGUUAUAUCUAAAUGAGAUAUGUAAAUGUAAGGUCUGACUUUCUUAGCGAUAAAAAUGUUUUUAAAAAAAUGGUUUCCUCAGACAAUUCUUUAUAAAGACAGAUAUUAAAUUUAAUAUUAUUUAUUCUUAUGCUUUAGUAGCAUUUCUGUUUUGAGAACAUAGUGAUGUGACAUUUUCUUUUGUAAUAUUCAUAGACUUUUUGUUAAAUAUCUACCUAAAGAUUAUAAUUUUUUUCCUUUAAAAUGUUUAACUACACUAUACAUUUAUGAACUUAUGCUAUACAUAACUCCAUGUCUGAAACAGGAGUAGAAUAUGCCCCUUAAAGUUUGUUUUUGAAAUUGUAUUUCAGUCUUGAAGAACUGGUUUUGAAGAAGAUGUCAAUGAAAUUAUAAAUUAAGAUUGCACAAAAUUAAUAAAAUAUUGUUUAUAUUUUUCAUUGCCAA